AUGUUCAUCAUCGAAUGGUUCCGCGACGUCCUCUCCUCCCUUGGUCUGUUCAACAAGAACGCCAAGAUCCUCUUCCUCGGUCUUGAUAACGCCGGAAAGACCACCUUGCUUCACAUGUUGAAGAAUGACCGCUUGGCCACUCUCCAGCCUACUCUUCACCCCACCUCUGAGGAGCUCUCCAUCGCCAACGUCAAAUUCACUACCUUUGAUCUCGGUGGACAUCAGCAAGGUAAGAAGCGUAUCGGGGCAAAGUCGAAUACGGUGGGCGGACAGCCAGUCAGGAGUAUUUCGAUGGAAAGGAAGGCCCGCCGUAUCUGGAAGGAUUACUUUGCCGAGGUCAACGGCAUUGUCUUCUUGGUUGAUUGCCAGGACCGCGAGCGUUUCUUGGAGUCCAAGGCUGAGUUGGAUGCUCUCCUUGCCAUCCAGCAGCUCGAGCGUGUUCCCUUCUUGAUUCUCGGAAACAAGAUUGACGCUCCCGGCGCCGUCUCUGAGGAGGAGCUCCGCUCUGCCCUCGGAUUGAUCCAGACCACUGGCAAGGGCAAGGUCCCAUUGAAGGACAUGCGCCCCAUCGAGGUCUUCAUGUGCUCUGUCGUCAUGAAGCAGGGAUACGGUGAUGAACGGAGGACUAAACUGGGGAUCCCCAUCUUUUGCUGGGUGCCUGUUCUGGAUGCCGCCUAUGGCGUGUUCAAGGACGCAGUUAGGUCUUCUUCAACAGUGACGGGUGGAGCGUCAGUGGACUGGUGGCACGAUCCAGGAAGGCGCAAGAGAGUGACCGAUUCGAGUACGUGUUUGAUGAUCUUUUGUCCAGACUCUUUCACGGCUCUCAAUGCCAGGAAACGACUUGUUCAGGAGGGGUAUCUAUCUGCAGAGGAGGAGGUCCGGCUUCUAGACACUGUGCUUACUUUCCCAAGGAAUUGCAAGAGUUCUGGAGCCUGGCAUCACAGGAAAUGGCUGUUAUGCUUUAUGUACAAGGAUUACAGGACGGUACCACUGGAUCCGCUGGUGGUAGAAGGCCAGCUCAAGAUUUGCCAGGAUGCUGCAGAGCGGUAUCCGAAAUGCUAUUAUGCCUGGACGAUGCGACAUUGGUUGGUGGAGCAUCUUGGCGUCCAUUGGUGGAAAGCUAGUCUUGUCCGCCAUGAAGCUGCUGUUGUUUCUACUGCUGUUGUAGCCGGCGACGAAGGCAAGAUGAAAUGCGACCAGGGACAAAAGCAGGACGACGAGUAUUACUUGACUCCUCUGGAAAGGGAGUUUGAGCGGAUGAAGAGGCAUAUGGAGAGGAACGUGUCGGAUCAUUCAGGACAGCAACACCUUCAGCAGUGUAUGACUCAGUUGAGUGGACAAUGGAUUGUUCAGAGGAAAGUUCAAGAGUCAAUGUCGAAUGUUGAGGUUGCGCUGCAGUGGACGCGAGAGGAGUUGAUGUCUAGGCGACAGCGGAGGAGGACAGCCGUUGCGGGGACAAGGACAAAAGCAGGAGUAAGGAGUAGGAAGAUGAAGCAGCGGGAAGGUAAAGAGAACCAGGAAGAAGAGAGGACGGAGAUGCAAGGAGAAACCCGAGCUGGAUCUCGACAGAGUGCUAUCAGGCGUCAAGUGCAGGGUCUAUCUUCAUUUUCCUUGGUUUCCUCUGGAAGUAGUGGCGGCGAUGGACAAGCCGAAGGAUCGCUUCCACUGACAUUGGCGCGAGCAAGUUUCGCGUGGGUGGUCCGGCUGUGGGUUUCUGAGCUGGAGAGGACGCGGGAGAUGGUCCGGACGUAUCCAGGACACGAGUCGCUGUGGUACCAUCUUCGGUUCGUGUACUAUGGAGUCUGUUGGCUGGAUUCUGAGACUGAGUUGUUGCUCGAUUCUAGUGAUGGUUUUGUUGGUGGCAAUAGGGAGGUUAGAAUUGAGGAUGAAGAUGUGGGGGAGCAAGCGGGGGAUGAGGAGGAGGAGGAGGAAGAAGAAGGGGAGGAGUGGUUUGUGUCAUUGGCCAGCGAGCGAGCGUUUGUGGAGGGUUUGUUGACAGGAAAAGGGACGGAGGAUGAAGAAAAGGCAGCGGAGGAGAGUGGUGGUCCGGAAAAGUUGCAGGGGGCAUUGGCGGACAAGUACCUUGCCUGGGUCGAGCGUCUUGACCUUUGCGAUCAAUUGCGAUGA